AUGUCCAAACUAAGCCACGCAAAGAUCAUCCUCCGCCGCUCCAGCGAACGCGGCUACGCCGAACACGGCGGCUGGCUGAAGACACACCACACCUUCAGCUUCGCCGACUACUUCGACCACCGAUUCCAGCACUUCGGGUGUCUGCGCGUGCUCAACGAAGACCGCGUCUCGUCGCGCAAUGGCUUCCCGACUCACCGGCACCGCGAUGCCGAGAUCUUCAGCUACAUUCUCAGCGGCGAGCUCACGCACCGCGAUAGCAUGAUCCAAAAGGGCAAGGAAGGUGCCCAGGGGAAGGAGUUUUAUCGGAUGAAGCGGGGGGAUGUCCAGUUUACGACUGGUGGGAGUGGAAUCGCCCACUCCGAACAAAACGAACACCCCUCUAAACCAGUCCAUUUCCUUCAAAUCUGGGUCCUACCCUGGAAAUCCUCCCUCAAGCCACAGUACCACACGCUGAGCUUUUCCGACGAUGCAAAGCGCCAGUCCUUCGUCCCCAUUAUCUCUCCUCUGGCUGCCGGGCCCGAGGCCACCCCUGCACAGGAGGAGGCCGCCAUCCCCGCGAUCUCCGGGACGAUCCCCAUCCAUGCGGAUUUCGUGAUGGGGGCGGGCAUUCUCGAGCCUGGGAAGACGUUCCGGUGGGCGGUUGGUGGCGGGGAGGGUGCGGUGCAGUCGCGGCGGAAGAGGAAUGUUUAUGUGCAUUUGCCGGCGAGUCGGAAGGGAGGAGCCAGAAUUCGGUUAGAUGGGAGGGAUGAUAAGGUGUUGGAGGAGGGAGAUGGGGCGUUUGUGGAGGGGGUGAAUGUUGGGGAUGCGAUUUCAGUGGAGAGUUUGGGGGAGGGAGAGGCGGAGGUGGUUGUUUUGGAUAGUAAUUAG